AAAUUUGUAAGGCAUGAAAGAUGAAAGAAGGGAGUCAUGUUUUUAAUGCAUCCUCUUUGUCCUCAUUCACUUUGUUUUCUUUCCCUUUUAUAAAAACCUCUCUCCCUAUCUCACACACUCACAAAAGUGUCUCCCUUAUUUUCAGGCACUUCAAAAUAAAUAUACGAAAAUAAAAUAACCAUUUCUUAAGUCUAAAGACCUUCUCUUUCAACUAGAAGCCUUUAAGCCAUGUCUUCUUCUUCCUUGAUACUUCUCUUCUCUACUCUCUCUCUCUUUCUCAAUGUCUCACUCGCAGACAAUCACACGGCGGUUGUUAUAACAACCUCAGAUACUCCACCGCCACUUCCUCCGCCUUCUCCACCGCCACGGCAUAACUUCACUUCCUCUCUCAUGCCCGGAAUCGCAGUCGUUAUCGCCGUCCUCACUGCGUUUUUCUCUCUCACUUUCUUACUUCUCCUCUACGUCAAACACUGUAAACGACGAAACGGCAGCGUUUACGUAAACCACCCGCAGCGUUUCGCAAUCACUAGAUACGGAGGAGGAUAUUACAACGGUGGAGGAGUAGUAGGAGGAAGGAAAAACUCCGGUAUAGACCGGUCCGUGAUUGAAUCUUUACCGGUUUUCCGGUUUGGUGCAUUAAGCGGUCACAAGGAUGGUUUAGAGUGCGCCGUGUGUCUCGCUCGGUUCGAACCGACGGAAGUUCUGAGGUUAUUGCCGAAAUGUAAACACGCCUUCCACGUGGAAUGUGUUGACACGUGGCUUGACGCUCACUCCACUUGCCCGCUUUGCCGUUACCGGGUCGACCCGGAAGAUAUACUCUUGAUCGGUGAUUGUAACUCCUGGUUCGAGCUCCAGUUCUCUAAAGAUGAAUCAAACAGUGUUAAUAAUAAUCCUCCCGGUUUAACCCGGUUUAUUCCGGUUAGUCGAAUUUCCGGUCGUCAUUCCUCGGCUGGUGAACGAGCGAGUCGACUCAACGAGAUUAGAACAUCUUCGUCGUAUAAAUCGAAUCCGAUGUCGUUUCGGAGAUCACUCGAUAGCUCUCUGAAAGUUAACGACGCCGGCGAGGAGAAAUCGGAAUCUGUCGCCGUUAAUUGCUUGGAUCGUCUACAGAGAAAAGACGGAUUGUUGUUGAUUCCGAAUCGGGAGAGCUUUGAGGGGAGAUUUGAGCACCGGAUAAUUAUCUCCGGCGGGAAUCGAGACGAUCAGAGGUGGAGCGAAGUAAGGCCGUCGGAUCUUUUGUAUUUACGAUCAGAGAUGAUACUCAGCGAUUGCCGGAAAUUAGCUGCGGCGGAGGGUGGCAGAGAUGUAAUUAACGGGAGAAGUGUGUCGGAGUUAACGGGAAUUGAGAGACGGAGGAGAUGGGGAGGAGAGCCGAGACAACGACAAGCCACGGCGGUGAUUUCGAGGUGGCUCGCUUGGUCCCACCGUGCCUCCGCUUCCAGCAUUGUUUAAAAUUUAUAUUAUGAUCCUUUUAGUUUUGUUUUAUAACAGUUUUGGCCGGUUUAGUUUUGUUCUAUAACAUUUAGCCCAAACUAAUUUAUUAGAGGAAUGCAACAAUGGCAGGUAGGGAUAAAUUAGUGUUGUUCUUUUUUUUUUUUGAAAUGCGAAUUUUUUGGAGUAUGCACGAGUGCAAGGAAGCACAAAUGAUUUCUUUUUGUAUUUUAAUUUUUGAGGAAAUAUUAAGGAAAGUGAAAGGUUGAGUUUUUUAAAAUUAAUGUCUUUCUUGGUGUAAUAAAGGGCGAGUAUUGGGGAUCUGAUAACUAAGUUUAAAUAGAAAAAG